AUGGCAUUCCCGAAUAAAGAACCCCUGCCCAAUGAAUUCGCAUAUAUUCAGAUGAUACAAGAUUCUUGCCUCUUUAAAACGGGCUUAAGCGGCGUGGGUGGUUUCGCAUUAGGUGGAUUGUUCGGAAUGUUCAUGUCAUCAUUCGAGAUGGCCAGCGUUGAUCCGGCAAUAUACGAACAACCAAUGAAACAACAAUUAAAGGCUACCGCCAAAGAUAUGGCCGCGCGUUCUUUCUCGAUGGCAAAAAGUUUUGCAGUUAUGGGCGCCAUAUUUUCUGGUACUGAAUGCAUUAUCGAGGGGUAUCGCGCUAAAAACGAUAUAUAUAACGGUACAGCAGCCGGAUGCAUCACCGGCGCCCUGUUAGCCGCAAAAGCUGGUCCUCAGGCUGCUUUAAUUGGAUGUGCCGGGUUUGCGGCUUUUUCAACGGCCAUUGAUUUAUACAUGCGAAGAGAAUAG